UCUUCCAGCGACAAAAUGAAGCUCAUUGCUCUGAGUGUUGCUCUCCUGGGCGUUCUCCUAGCCCCCACCUUGGCUGAUAAUAAUGAAAACAACCAAGGGAAUGCGGGGGGCCGUUCCCAUCAGUCUGUGAGCAUUGACAAGCAAAAGAAGGUGGUCAACGUGGACAACAAUAAUGGAUGGCACUCCUGGAACAACAUUUUAGAUUACAGCACUGGCUUUAUGGCAACCCGGAUCCUCUCCAAGAAAGCUUGCUUUCUUACCAAAAUGAAUCAAGAUGUCAUGCCAGAUGUGACCACUCUUCCAGAAGCCAUCAGGGAAAAACAGAAGGAUCGUACCAAAGGGCCGGCACCCAAGAACCUCACUUACAGGGUUGCUCCCAAGAAGAUCACUAACCUGGCCCCAUAUGGGAAGAACAUCGAAGCCUUGUGCAGAGGGAUCCCUACCUAUGCUGCUUAUGAAUUCGCAGGAGAAAGUUCAGGAGCCUGUUUCCAAGCCAACAUCCUCUUCAUCUUGAGAAUCAGCCUUUGUGGGGGAGAAAGGAUGGCUUAA